AUGGAAGCUUACCACGUUGGCACUAAGCCCGACAAGGCCGAGUUUGCGCGGACGGUCCAGGGGAUUGGACAGGUUUUAAAGAUCAUAAUGUAUACCCUGCUAAUCAGUGCUGAUAUUUUGAUCAUAUGGAAGAUAUACAAAAUGCGGUUAAUUGGCAGAAGAGCACCGCGCACCCCUGUAACUACCAAACGACUGGCAGGACCCACAACGGGAACCACUUUGACAAAUUUGAGCGAAACUCCAUCUUCUAUUCAACCGAUCAGCCAAGUCCAGCGCCGGCAGAAAUUUUCCUUCAAGAUGUCAUUGGAAAAACGACUUGUGGUCGCCCUUCUAUUUGUUGCCCUUGCCUAUCAGCUAUUCCCAGUGUAUUUUAUGCUUCUGAAUGUGCUCCCGGCGGAAAUCCUGCCGUAUUUACGGCUGCUCGUGUACAACCUGGAAGCUAGCAAAUGCACGGCCUAUGUCUUGAUAGUAACUUUGCGA